AUGCCUUGGUCAGCAACACAGCAGAAAAGACUUGGAUUUGAGAAAAAUUUACUUGAGAAGUACUUCCGUAACAUAGUAACAUGGAUCGAUCCCACUGGCAACACCAGAGUCGAAGUCAGAGUGACGUGUACCAACGACAAGCAAUACACACUCAGAGUUUAUCUGCCAUCGGACUACCCCAGCUCUUGCCCUGAAAUGAUUGUAAGCUAUCCUUCCUCAUGCCUUAGAAGAAGAGACGGUUCUUUGAUGAGUGGUAUGAGCGGAGCAGACCACAUUUUGGGAAUCAGGGAUGGCUGUACCAAGAUAUGUCAUUUCGACAGCAGUUUGUGGAAAGAUGACAAUACGUUAUAUCAGAUUGUUAUGAAGGGCUUAAUUUGGCUGGAGGCUUAUGAAGCGCAUCUUCGAACUGGCCAUUCUUUGAAUAGGUACUUACAAGAGAUGUGAGUGGAACACUUUAUACAGCAACUGUGAAAUCCCCACAAUACCUUUGUUCGUUGGGACUAUAGUGUUAACUGAAUAACAUUCGCCUUCGUUAUUUAAAAUAAUAGAAGCUAUUGAGCGCUUUCACACACAGGGGCAGCUGCUAUGCAAAUUUAUUGAAACUAAAGACAGAAUUCACAUAACGAAAGGGAUCAACUUCUACGGGACUGGUUUGGUGCACCAAUAUGGCAGCCGUUUCUUUAUGUGGAACACCAAUAUGGCGUACGCGAUCUCGUGUGAAAACGCUCUAUUGUUAACUGAUAGUAUUAUGCGACUAACUUGAUUAGAAUAAGGAGGGAAUCAUAAGGGAGUGAUUUAAGCAAAAAAUAAUAAAUAAAUGAAAUAAGUAAACAUCGUAGCGAUGACUAACGCAGGCGCAUACACCCGAACUAAUGUUUCAAUAAGCUUUAAUGCUACAGUCACGUAAAGUUUAAUGUGUCGCCUCUACAAAAAUAAAGCAUAAUCCUAAACUAAACAACCUUGGCCCUAGAUAGACGGUACCAAUAGCAAAAUAAUAGAUCCAAACGAUUGUUUGAAAUUCAAAAUAGCAGUAUAAUAAUGGAAUGGACCUAAGUUGUUGCCAAUUAAAACCAUCCGCUUCUCGGAAAUACAGGAACUUUUUAGCGCCACGUGAUGUUUACAAUUUCGUGAAGAUUAAAAACCAAUAUAACUUUAUCAUUGUUAACAACUCUUUAAACAUUUUCCCAGAAAAGUUUAGAAAAGACGAGAAGGUUUGGCGGUCAUAUCUUGAACGGUUUGGAAGUUAUUCAACUUUUUAGUAAUUGUGGGGGAGCCCUCCCGUGGUCUGAAUAGGAUUAAACGGUGCGGGUGACACACGAGUUCGGUAGAAAGCAUUUUAAAGUCGUCGCGACAAACAUUACCGUAUCUGAAGUUAUAUUGUAAAACCAGUAAGACUUAGGAUGACAGCUUUAAUCAGGUGUAAGGAAGAAUUCUCUCUUCACAGUUAGUAAAGAGCUAUGUGAUGAUAAAUAUUUGCUUUAUGCAAUUCAAGGACAAGUUUUAAAAGAUUUCCUAGAAAAGUAUUUGUGGGCAGGGUAAAGGUCGAGGUCUCUAGGCUCAAUUGUAUGUUUUGCCUUAGGAAUUUUUCUUGCCGUGAUAGGGAGCACAAUUAAAAGAGCACGGAUAGGUACAUAUUACAUAUCAGCUGGGAUAUACAUACAGUUAACGUUUUUAUUCUUAUUGGUAAAAUAACAUGCAUUGUAUGCGGUGAAAAAAUAAAUAAAAUUAAACCAGAAAAGCAAAACUUAUGGAUAUGUAUCUUGUUGACUCUCUGUGUUUGUCACAUAAGCAAUCAAAAAUGACCUUCAUUAAUGUCCAAUGUGUGCCAUAUAGUUUGUAAUUAGCACCGCUCUAGUAAGGAAUUCGAAUCUGUGGGUACCGUUUCUUACGCCAAUUUGAGUUCAAAAGUACACAGAGUUAGCUUGUACUUCGAUUUUAGUUUACUUAGCCAUUCCGUUCUAUUAUUUGGCAUUGGAGGUCAAACAGUGUGUUUGUUGCAAGGCGUCGAUCCCGAAGUUUUAUGCAAAGUUAUUUGCAGUAACUUUGUUAUGCCACUCUAUUUGAUGUUGUUGCAGCAGGGAGAAACGCAAGGACAGAGAUGGCCUAGUGGUGACUCUGUCUUAAUAGUCCCCGCUGUCAGCUGCAGGUGAACGUCGGGUACGUGUAGCUCAGGUUGUAGGAAAGCUUUGUGGUGGACAGCUAUUAGGUGUCCUAGAUACAAACAAUUACCAGAAAGCAGAAAUAAGUAAUGAGUACAUGCAAGUUUUACAAGGAGAAAAAACGCCGAUGAUAAUUCACGAGACUCAGAUUCAAUAUAUAUACAUCUUCCAUUUAUUGUUGAAGAUACGAAGGACGACGGGGAGGGGGGAGGGGAAUUAGCUUUCUUGGGAUCAAUCAAUACUGAGAGGGUUACAGUGUAAGUAGCUUCGAUUGUGGUAAUAACACAUUAGUUGGUGGUGGUGGUGGUGGUGUUAUUGUUGUUCUUGUUGAGGUAAUGGUGGUGUAGGUAGUAAUGGUGGUGUUGGUUGUGUUGGAGGUGGUGGUAUUAGCGGUGGUGUUGGUUUUGUUGGGGUUGGUGGUGUUGGUUGUGGUGGAGUUGGUGGUGUUCUGGGUUGUGUUUGUGUUGGUUUCGGUGGUGUUCUUGGUUGUGUUGGUGGUGUUUGGUGUUGCUGUUGGUGUUGGUAUUGUUAGUGGUGGUGGUGUUGGCGUUGUUGAAAGUGUUAGUGUUGGUGGUUGUGUUGUUGGUGGUGGUGGUACUGGUGUUGGCGGUGGUGUUGGUUGUGGUGGUGUUGGUUGUGGUGGUGUUAAUGGUGGUGGUGUUGGUGGUGUUCUUGGAUGUAUUAGUGGUGGUGGUGGUAUUGGUAUUAGUGGUGGUGUUGGUGUUGGUGCUGGUGUUAUUGAAGGUGUUAGUGUUGGUGGUAUUGGUGUUGUUGUUUGUGUUGGUGCUGAUGGCGGUGUUGGUGUUGGUGGUGGUGGUGGUUGU